GACUCUGUAGCAUCUUUGUGCCAUGGAGCCUGCGUGGAGGUGGACUCGGACACGGAGGCCGUGGCCAACGAAGGCUUCAAGCUGGGCUGCAUCUCCUGUAAGAUGAGAGGCGAAGUUCCCGCCACGGCCUCCGUCAAAUGGUACUUCAAGGCUUCAGAUGAGACCGAAUUUUCAGAAUUAUACAUCUAUGAGAACAAAUAUGGCGACAUCAUUGACCCGCGUUUCCACGAGCGUCUGGACUGGAACGGCAGCAAGAAAACCACGGACCUGCAGGACGGCUCCAUCUUCAUCCUCAACGUGACCUACAACGACACAGGAACCUACCGCUGCGUAUUCAACCGGGUCCUCUCGUACGUCAACUACGAGUUUGAAACCAAAACCAACAAGACCAUCGUCAUGAACGUGGUGCCACGACUCACCAGGGGGAUGGCGUCCAUCUUGUCGGAGGUCAUGAUGUAUGUCUCCAUCAUUGGGCUGCAGUUAUGGCUGGUUGUUGAGAUGAUCUACUGCUACAGGAAGAUUUCGGCAGCCGGUGAAGAAGCUCUGAGAGAGAGCGCGGCCGAGUAUUUAGCUAUAGCAUCGGAAAGUAAAGAUAAUUGUGCAGGUGUACAAGUGGCAGAAUAGCACUGGUCAAGGAAGAAUUCAAGGCGGCUUCCUUGAGGAGUUCCACUUUAGCGCCCUCGUCCUCCUCUCACCUCCCGCCAUCCUCUCCAUGAGAUGGAAACAUGAAGCCCAGAGAGGAGAAAGAUGUUUCUGUUCAGGAUGUAGAGGACUGAGCUGCAGCUCGCUGUGAGCAGCAGGACAGAUGAAUCAGGUUAAACAGGACGCGGGGGGAGAGUUGGACUGUAUAUAGCUGUAUAAGUCUGCACAGAUAAUCUUUGAACAUAUGUAGAGUAUAUUCGAGGCCCAUGCUGUAUAUUCACUAUUUGCAUGCUAAACACAACACGCUUCUGUCAUGUUUUUGUCAUGUGUCAUUACACACCAUACACUGGCAUCAAAAGUCAUGUGUUCCCUCUGCAGGUUUGGUGCAAAUUCAAACCGUUUUCAUAAUUAAAAGAUCAGCACUAACAGACCAACAUUCACUGCUUAUUUCUUGCUGUAAUGGGACGCACAAACCUGUAGAGGAAACACAGCGACUGAGAUUCUCACUCUGAUAUUUAAUGUUUCAUCAUGAUCUGCUUUAAUGCCAAAAAAAAAUCAGUAUUUUUUUUUCUGCAGAAUGUCAUUAAACGCAGCGUGAAAGAGGUUCAUGGCAUACAGUGAGAAGAAAAACAAACUAAAUUUCAGGUUCGUCACGCAGAAUGUGCAGCUUCCAAACAUCACCCACUUCCUGAUGAAGCAGCCACAUGUGCACAAUCAGAGCAGAUUUUAAUGUAGUAUCGUUAAAGUUUCUGAAUUCACUCAUAUCAUCAGAUCAACGGGACACUUCACACAACUAUUGAGCUCGCUGGAGGAUUUUAUCAGCGCUCAGAUAACCCUCUGAACCACAAAAGGCAUGUUACUCUAAAAAAAA